AUGUGUCCAUAUGCCGGCAGGUGGCAGCAGCAAACAACAGCUCUGCCGAAAUAGCCUCACGAAUAAGAAGUAUGACACCCGGAUGUGACGUACGGUGCAGAAUCAAAACAGUUAACGUUAGAAAGUUCUGCACUGUCCCGUUAAAGGCUUAUAAAAUGCAAUUGGAAAGGUUACUGGCAAUGUUAGAAAUAAACUACACUAUUUAGAUACUGGAGCCAGUGUUUUUUACCGGACUGUCGAGGAAUGCUAAUGCGAGGAAAAGGUACUUUUGGCUAGUUUUAGCAACAGCAGCAGCAGCAGCAUCUCUAUGUGACUAGCUACCUGGUUAGCUUCCACGGCUAACGAAAGUUGCUCCAUGGCUAUCUAUGGGCUGAACAUUACCAUAUAUAGACCGGCCACAGAGCUUCCUCGCCGGUGAAAUGUAAACGGGUGAUUCCCAAAGGAGGCUGACAAAGGGCGAGCAAAAACAAAACAGCCUGGAAGAUAAAAAACACUUUGCCAUGUCAUCUGAGCAGAUUAUUGCCAUCGUCAUGGAUGACAAAAUCUACGAGGUGAAUAAAAAGAAGCUGAUAGAGAAGAGCGACUACUUCCGUGCACUGUACAGCUCCGGGAUGAGGGAGUCCACCGAGGACUCGGUGCAGCUGCAGGGGCUCAGUGUCCCCGGCCUGGAGCUGGUCCUGGAGUUCAUCAACACCUCCAAGGUUCAGGUUGUCAACGAGACUCUGGAGGACCUGAUUGAAACCGCCUCCUUCUUACAGGUCACCUCCAUCCUCAAGCUCCUCACCUCGGAGAUCCGGCUGGACAACUGCGUGGACCUGUACAGCCUCUCUGAAGUUUACGGGACUCAUGAUCUGCGUAAUGCUUGCCUCAAAUACAUGAGCUGCUACUAUCAUCCCAUGCUGAGGCGGCCAGAGUUCAGCAGCCUCCCCUCUGCUGUCAGAGACCAAGUCAGGGAGAUGCGCAUGAAAGGCACCGCCACCUUGGUAGCCAUCGGAGACUUCACCUGUCUCUCCCUGGACGUGCCCGAUCAGGAUGAACCCUGGUCCAUGCUGAGGUAUGGAGAGGUGGAGCAGCGCUGGAAACCUCUCGCAAACAAUCUGCCUCCAGAUAUGAUCAACGUCAGAGGAUAUGGCUCAGCUGUCCUCGAUAACUACCUGUUCAUAGUCGGUGGCUACAGGAUGACCAGUCAGGAGAUCUCUGCGGUGCACUGCUACAACCCCUGUAGGAACGAGUGGAACCAGGUGGCUUCGCUCAACCAAAAGAGGUCCAACUUCAAGCUGCUGGCAGUACAAGGGAAGAUGUACGCGGUAGGAGGCCAGAGUCUGGGCACAGUGGAGUGUUACAGCCCAGAACAGGACUGGUGGACCUGUGUGUCCUCCAUGCCCAACCCACUGGCCGAGUUCUCUGCCUGUGAAUGCCAAGGGAUGAUCUACGUCAUGGGUGGAUACACCGCAAGAGACAGGAACACAAGUGUUCUCCGUUACUGCACCACCUCUGACACCUGGACAGUGUUUCGGUCCUGUCCGGCACACAUCCGCAAGCAGCAGAUGCUGUCUGUGGAGGACACAAUCUACCUGGUGGGUGGCUACACCCACGAGCUGGAGGUGGGUCAGCGGCAGCGGCGUCCCAGCCAGACGGAGGACGUGCUGACAGUGCAGUCCUACAACGUCUCCACAGGGGAGUGGAUCCAGCUGAAGGAGAACACAUCCAAGUCUGGCCUGAACCUGACGUGCACGCUGCACAACGACGGCAUCUACAUCAUGAGCAGGGACGUCAGCCUGCCCACCAGCCUGGAGCACCGCGUCUUUCUCAAGUACAACAUAUUCUCUGAUGCCUGGGAGGCCUUCAGACGCUUCCCGGCUCUGGGACAGAACAUGCUGCUCUGUUCGCUUUACCUACCCAACGUCCUGUGAUUGAGAGGGCUGAUGGGAAAGACUAAGAGAAGUGGAGCCCAUGCGGAGUAUAUAGGCCAGUGUGUGAAUUGAUUGUUCUGGCACAGAAUGGGGCUCUGUGGCAUUAGUGGAAACUGUGUCCGGUUGCCAGGUUGAACACCUCGUGACCUUUGUGCCUCAA